AUGGACAACCCCUUCAACGACACCAUCUGCCAGCGAAGCUUGGAUUUUGCGGGCUUUGUGGUCCCCGAUCAAUACAUUGGUGAGGCUGUUGCCGCACUACGCGCUCACGGAGCCAUGCCAUGCCCUGAGGGGAGCGAAUGCAUCUCGAUGAAAGGCUACCUCAUUCCUCAAACCGACGUUGAGCAUUACCACAGGCCUUGGGACGGUGACCACGGGAUGAUUGUCCCACGCCCCUUCAGCAAGAUGACCGUGCGCAUCUACCGCAAGUCGCUCUUCAUGUGGUGGUUCCCCGACCCGCCCUUGAGCCCCAAGGACGAUGAUCUGCACUACUACUGGUGCGACAUGGCCGUCCACCCCAGCGUAAGCCGCCUCAACCCCAAUACCCGCUUCGUUAUGCCCACCAACGCCUGCUGGACUGAAGCCCUCAUCCGUCUCUACGCUCGCGACUCCGCCGCGGAGGAAGACUAUGUGCUCACCCGCCUUUGGCACCGCGAGCUGCUCCGCGUCUGCAUGCAGCUGCUGCCCAGAGCGUGGGACGGUUGGGCCCCCCUAGAGGAGCUCGACCUCGAUCGAAAUCUUGUGGGCGUGGUCCGGGCCAUGCGCCGCGCUCUGAUGGCUGGCAAUUCCCACGGCUACUCCGACGAUCUCGAUUUCGAACUCCUCUUCGUGCGCCUCCACGUCCACACUUGGGAUCCGGAUUGCCCUCCGCCCCAGGGGAGAACUCUGGACCAGAUAGAAGAGGCUUGGUGGCGCGAGGUGCUAGAACGGAAGUUCACUCAGGGAGACGACGAUUCCGAUGAUGAUGGAGACGAUGAAGACGAUGACGCUAAGGAUGGGGACGAGACUACUCUUAAGAAAUUCAAGCUCCUGUCGGGUCGAGAGCGGGCCUGGAUCCGCGAACCCAUUGUGCGGCCUGUGCUGUACAUUGGGUGGUCGGAUCUAGUGCAGCUGACUGUUCGGGCCCACCUCCGCGAGGGCAUCCUCGUGACUGUAUCAGCGGAGGAAUUGGACAGAAGUGCAAUAACUGUCUGCACGCGGGCGCCUCCGCCAGCGGCCGCAUUGCCACGAUCAAGCAGUGGAGUGAAAGACCACGUUGAUAAGCUCGCUUGCGGGAGUAUGGCGAAGCAGCUUGAAAUCCUUCUUCAACAUUGGGAUUAUGCGGGCCGGUUGUGGAGGUGUAUCACAAAGGCCGCCAAUCACCAGAACAUGCGACACCUCGGGAUAGUCGUCUCGUUCCGCGACAAGCUCAAUUCGGAACUCCUGGAUUUCACCGAAAGACAACCUAACAUCGAACUCCUGAAAAGAUGUGUUCAACACAUCCAAGUGCAGGGAUUCAAUGUCGACCUCCCGAUGGCGAAGCUGGCAAAACUGGUUUAA